AUGGACUACUGCGCCCCGCAGACGACACGUCGCCACAACCCCGUGGACAGCAUCUGCCGCAAGCUGCAGACCAUCCAGUGGCGUGGUGACCGAGAGCCCAACUCGCCUUUCCAGAUCCCCAAGCUUUCCUCCAGCAGCUACGACAGCGCGCAGUGGGACCUGGGUCUCGACCUGGAAACCAUCCUGAAAAAGCGAGCUGUCAGGGGCGACGAUUUCAACGGGGAGGAGAGGAGACGGAGAGGGAUGCUGACACCCGUGGCCUCCAAGAGGAACAGCGUGGGUGCUGCCGCCGCCAUCCUUCCGCCUCCCUCUGCCACGUCGACCCCGCCCUCCAACCACUGCAUGGAGGCCAACGUCAUGUACACCGUCACUAGCACUCUGGGGGAGAGGAGAGGCGCCAGCAGCGCCAGUGCUGCGGAGGGAGCGCAGGGCAAGAUGUGGCAGUGGUAUAGCUCAACGCCAGUGGGUCAGACCAGAGACUCUUUUUGCUCCAUGGUCCCACGAGGAGCCCGUGAUUUCAUGCAGCCUGAGGGCGAUGGGCGGCCCAGGACCACACUGCUUUCCAGCGCCCACCCCGAGACCCACAGCAUCCUUUCCUACAACCUCAACUUCUGUUCAGUGGACUCUGGUAACCCUCUGGCGUGUGAACUGCCCUACCCAGCCUUUGUUGUCAAGAGACUGUCCAUGGGGGAGGGAGGUAGGGCCUCUGAGUUAAGGAAGGAGACAAUGGCAGAGGUUAGUCUAAUAUGUGAGGAGGAUUUGCUUGACACCAUUUUCCACGCCUGUGACACCCAGCGCCAAGGUAAAGUUUAUGUGUCAAGCAUCGUGAACUACCUGCGCCACACCACCAGCCGCGGUUCGGAGGACAGCGGCCUGGAGGAGCUCUGCAACAUGCUGGACCCAGAGCACAAAGACGUCUCCAUUGACCUGGAUACGUACCACGCUAUCAUGAAGGAGUGGAUCGACGACUGCCGAAACAACGGGGAGGAGCCAGCCAGUGACCUGACCCACGACUCGGUCAAACUCCGAGACAGCCUGUCAGCAAAGCGGUCCAUGUUGCUGAACGUGACCUCAGGCAGUCUAGAGGCCAUUGGAGGAGAGGCUUCUAGAGUAGAUCUGGAGACAUCAGAGCUGGUGUACUGUGUGACUGACCUCCGGAUGAGUAACCAGAGGCUGCAGGAGGAGGUGAGGGGGCUGAAGCAGGUGGUGGAGGCCAUGGAAGACAGCAACCAGAAACUGGCAGAGGAAAACGAGGAGCUCUGCAACCAGGCCAGAGUUAGCCAACAACUGGCUCAGAAGGAGAGGCUGUUGAAGGAGGAGGUGGAGGAGAUGAAGGUGACUCUGAGCUGCAUCGAGGAGGAUAGGGCCCGCGCCGCCUCAUACAGUAAACACAUGGAAAGAGAAAACCAGAGUCUCACUGCCCAGAUUGCUACUCUCCAGGAGGAGAACUUCAAGGCCGCCAUGGAGGUGGAUGAGCUUCAGAGAAGGAUCGUUGAACUAUGUAACAUUAACGCGGAGCUUCAGGUUGAGAGCCACUCAUUUGAUGCCAUCAUAAGUAAAAAGGACGGUUUGAUACUCGAGAAGAGCAGACAGAUGGAGGAGCUGAAGUUGGCGGUGGAGGAAUACUCCUCCGUCACAGAGCGGCUAAGAGCCGACAAGGCCAAGCUAGAGAGCCAGAUGCACAUGAUGGACCCUAACAUGGCCGGGGCCUCUCUGUCGCUGUCCGGGGCCUACCAGCUGAACCAGUCCAGCUCAGGAUCUCUGCAAACGGAGUUGGCUCUGGCACAGCAGUCACCACUGGAGGCAGUAAACCAUUUGCCCUCCACAAUGACCCAAGUCUCCUCGCUAGAUGAGACCCUGGACAGGGAGGUGCUGCUCCUGCUGCAGGGGCCCAGUCCUGAAGACAUGGCUCUGGAGUUCAAGAGCCUCCUGGAGAAACUGAAAAGGGAUUUUAGAGAAGAAGCAGUCUCUCUGAUGUCAAAAGUCAUGGACCUUAUAGACAACCAUGAGAUGCCAGAGGCCCGGGCUGGUGCUAGACUUGAGACGGUGCAGGCUGAGCUGGACGCCAGGAGGGCCGACUGGGCCCUCGGCCUAGACCAGCUGGCUCAGUACACAGACUCCCUGGAGAAAGAGCUGAUCAAGAUGGCAAGCAACAUGAGGAGGUCUCGCACUGACAUCCUUCACCUAUCGGUUAGGGUGCAAGAGCAGGAGAACCAGAAGCGGCAGCUGUGUGAGGAGCUUGAGCAGCUGAAAAACCCCCAGGACAGUAGAGAGGCAUCGUGCCAGACUCCCGACCCAGAUCAAGAGUCCGGAGAGGGCUUGGACUGGGACGAGGAGUUCGCCCUUCAAGACUUCCUGAAGAGUGAGCUCACGGAGAGGAACCAUAGAGCGGCGCAGGACGGACAAACCAAUGCUGGGCCCGCGGCGACGACGAAUGCAGGAGAAAGGGACGGAGGAGAGGAGGGGGAACAGUGGACGGUGCUUAGCCCCGGAGGAAAGGGAGAAACGAGGAAGACCUCCACUCCUCUGCCCACACAUUCAGAGGUGAGGCAGCCUGGGUGGAGCGACGUGGAAGAUUGUCGAGACUCUGCAGCAAAGCCCGAUUCAAAGCCAGAGGUCAACCGUCAACCUUUGCAGGAGGAGAGAGAGGUGCAGUUGAACGCCCACUCACAAGCUGUAAGCGUUGAACACCAGGAGACUGAUGAUCCCCCUGACCCCUCCCACUCACAACACAACGAUGCGCAAAGUCAUGCGGCUACAGAAUCCUUUUAUAUUGGCUCAGCCCAGGACCCCGGCAGCUCAUAUGGACAAAACCAAAUCAUAACACCCGAGAACACUCCUCCCAGGCUGGCUGAGAUGGUACAAACCACAAACACCUCAACUGGGCCAGAUGAGACCAUUAUUCAGUGUGGGAGAGCUCAGCCAACCACAGAAGACCCCAGAGAAGGAGCGGGAGUGAAAGCAGAAGGGACGGACCCGACAGUGGUUGACAUGAGCUGUCCCAAGCGUCUGAGCCAGGACCAGUCGGCAGACAGAGCAGUAGCAGAGGACAGCACCUGCCUGCUGCCUGUGCUGGUGGAGGAGGAGGAGGGUGUUCAUGAUCUGGCCGAGGCAUCCACCGUAGCAGUCAACAUGGCAGCGUCUCCAGGAAGGGACAGCCAUGCCAGCGACGGAAAGACCCCUACUGAAGUCGGUAGCUCUCCUCAGUCUGCGACGGGACCGAGCGUCCCACACACCAGCCAGUCCUGGUGUGGUGGGGAGGGCACACCCACUGGCCUCGGCCAAUUGGUAGACAAUGGUUUACAGGAGCCCCCAGAGGCCAUAAAGGACUCCCUCGCGUCACAGGGCAAAAAUAAGAGGGAACUGGAGCUGUCGCGUAACAUGGAGGCCAUUGACGUGCCCAAGUUACAGGACGACUUAAGUGAGACGAGCGUGGCCAGCGAGAAAGAAGUUGAAACGUCUGUUUUCUCUGACACCAAUGACAGCUUGAAAGAGGACAGCAACAGCUUGUCGCCAACUGAUAAGGAGAUCGAGACGGAGUUCCAGCGUCUGGCGCUGGGCUUCAAGUGUGACAUGUUCACCCUGGAGAGAAGACUGCGGCUGGAGGAGAGGUCACGGGAUUUGGCGGAGGAGAACGUGCGUAAGGAGAUUUCCAGCUGCCAAGGGUUGCUGCAGGCGCUGAUGCCCCUGUGUGAGGACGACAAUCAGUCCAUGGAGAUCAUCCAGAGGCUCCAGAAGAACCUCGAAAUCCUCAUCCAGUCCAUGACCAGGGUGUCCAGCCGCUCUGAGAUGUUGGGAGCCAUCCACCAGGAGAGUCGUAUUGGUAAGGCAGUGGAGGUGAUGAUCCAGCAUGUGGAGAACCUGAGGCGGAUGUACACAAAGGAGCACGCCGAGCUGCUGGAGCUCCGAGAGACCCUCAUGCAAAAUGAGAGGUCCUUUGGGUCACACACCGAGAAAGAAGACUUCCGGGGCAAGAAGCAGUCCUCGUCGCAGUACUACAAGUCAGCGCGGCGGGUUAGCAUAGCAGCCAUCCCUCGCUCCGGGGGAGCAAACAUGCCCUUUGACAUGCCCAGGACAAAGGACACCCCUGAGGCCGAGACGGAGAGACUAACCCGAAGAUCUCCCUGGAGUAUGGCGGGGAAGAGCACGGCGCGACCCCCACUAAAACGCUUUGUUAGCUCCGGGGCCUGGGUUGACCCUGAAGAGCUCUCUCUUGUGAUGAAAGGGAUGGCCCCAGUCGACACCGACUCCCAUUCGGAGGAGGAGCAGAAGGAGGAGCCGGUGGUAGAGAGGAGGAAGUCCAGUCUCAGUGAGCUGAGCAACAAACUCACCUCCCUCAUCAUGCCCCUAAAGACGAGACAGGAUGAGCUCUUUGUAAUGCUUCCGAGUCCCACUCCCAGUACUACCACUGCAGAGCCACUAAUGGCCCCGUCACUUUCCCAGAGCCUUACGUCAUCCUCCCGCGCAGCAGCAGCUGCAGUGGCCCGGGGCAGAGGACUCUGGCUGUGGCUGGCCAUGGUGGUGCUCCUGGCAGGUCUCCUGGCAUUACUGGCCGGUCUGAUGAUGCAGCCAGCGGUGGACGCUGCCCCCGUGGGGACUGGGGACUCCUGGCUGAUCAUCCAGCAGCUUCUGUGGCCCUACACGGGGCUCCGGCACAAUGCACAGCCCCCUGUCUAGCCGCAGCUGCUCUCAUGAGACCCGGUUUGGGUACCCAUCAGCCUCCUGUGGAGAUUGGUGGACAGAGGUGGGGAUGAUGUUGGGCAGAGGUGGUGAUGAUGUUUGCUUGGUGAUGAAGAAAGAGGACCAUAGCAUUCCUGAGCAAAGGGUGUUGCGCCGGUGCUUGAAGUCACCCAAAGAACUUGUUGACAGCAUACACCAGGCCUCGGGAUAGUCAUCCCCACGGAGGUGUUUUCACAUCACGUUUGCUGAAUUGCUGUGUGUGUGUAUAUGUGUGUGUGUUAUGCGUGUUUGUAACGACAAGAACCACUCAAAGAAGGCAGCAACCAUUUUGUUUUUUACCAAGGCUGCUACACAUCAGGACGACACAAUGAGGCUUUUCCUGUUGGUACUGCCGGUACAUUAUCAGGACCCAGCACGAUCUAAGACUCACGAUUGGCUGGCUGGUACAGUUGGUACAAUGUUGACCAAUCAUGUUGAAAAGUCACGAGGCUCUCUGCAUUCAACUAUAUAGAUGGCUGCAGAAUGUUAAUCAUGUUGAGACAUCAAGGACUGUGGCUCCGAUCUGAACACUUGGCUUUUCAAACACAUUUCAUUAUUGUGGAUAGUGACAAAAGUACUUGAGGUUACAUGGACCGUCAACUUUAUUAAUGGGGAUUAUUUUCCAUUCGUUCCCUCAAUGAUUACAGAGGAUUUUUUUUAACCUAAAACCAUAAACAUUGGUAAUAAAACUCAUUUUAUUUUGUUUUUAAGUGGUUUUUGAAAUUUUAAAUCUUCUUUAUAAACUUGCUAGCUUGUGUGGGGAAAUGUUAAUAUCUGCUUAUUUUUAUUAUAAUAAGUGUAUGUUGUUACAGUCUUAUCACUCAAGUUCUUGCUGUGGUGAUCACUAUUUUCACCUUCAUACACUUUUGUAUGUUACAAGAGGGUGAGUGCAUGAGACUUUGCACAAAUAAAGAAGCCAAUUCUAAAAAAUAGGUGUUCUUGUUAACUGGGUAUAUGAAACACAAAUGAUUACACCGGUAGAUGUU